GCUAUAUUAUCAACUUGUUGCGAUUCGCCGAUGGUGCUGGACUUUCUCCCCGUUUCUUUCUUUUCUUCUUCUUUUGCCUGACCGGUCUGUUUUGCUUCCUGAUUUCUCACUUACUCUCUUUUUUCGUGAUAGCCCUCCCCGGUGUGUAUAAAUAUACAGAAAGCGAAAGGGAGUGGUUAAUACUCUGCGCUUGUAUCGUAACUCAGUGGCAGCGCGUGUUCACAUCGUCUACAGGAAUGCUUUACGCACAGGUUACCCUCGUCUUCCUUGUCUUGUACAUCUCGUUGGACCCAGCGUGGGCUACACAUUACGGAGGCGCACUAGUGCACAGUCCCGCUGGAGCAGAAGACUACCCUCAAGCAUUCGUCAUCAGUACACUCAACCCAAGCGACAAACAUGGGCACCAACACCGUGGUUACGGACACGGUCACAGGGACUACAAUGCCGAACCCAAGUACGUCAUCCGGAAUCCGUACGGAGUUCCACUGAACCAUGGGGGCAGCGAGCCAGUGCCCUUCCACGGCGGGGACGUCGGGCCCUUGGGAAUGGUACCGGUGGGAUACUACGGGCAUGGAAGUGAACAUGGCUACGGACGCUGACAUGUGGAAGAUGCUGCGAUUUUGCGCUCCGUAAGAUGUGUUCCUGUUUGUGUUUCACGAGUCAUUGCACCAGUGGCUUGCCUCGAGGGGACACUCCUUCGUCUCGGUUGCAUCCUGCUAUUCUGGGGUGCCAUCUCAUCUCAGUCAAGAUCAUCGACAUUAUCACCAGCUGUAUAUACCUACUCCGCCGUACACUGUUGCGUGGGAUAAUAUAUCCUCGCGUACAAUAAAAUUGUUCAUUGUUGUUACGA